AGGAAAAAAACACAAAAAAGGCUUCCUUCUUACCAAAAUUUGACCGAAGUCAGUCUCUCACUCCCACUCCAUUCUUCCGGGCGCCAUGCAAGGAGAUCCUUCGAGACCCAUAACCGGUUACCCAGCCCCGAACGGUUUCCCGCCUCCCCAACCCGGCGUUGCCUACCCUUACCAUGCGCCCCCACCACCGCCACAAUCUCACCCUUACUACAAUCCCCAGCCCUAUCCCUACCCUUCCUCCUCCUCAACCACCUUCGUCCGCCGCUUCCUCACUUCCAUGAUCGUUGUCUUCUUCCUCAUUGGCGUCUCCAUCCUCAUCCUCUGGCUCGUCCUCCGCCCCCGCAUCCCCGACUUCCGAGUCGACUCUCUUUCCGUUUCCAAUUUCUCCUCCGGCUCCAAUUACUCCUCCUCCAUCACCGGCUUAUGGAACGUCAGGUUCUCCGUCUACAACCCCAACAAGAAGAUGUCCAUCUCCUACGAGGAAGUUCACUCCUCCCUCCUCUAUAAAUCGGAGCCCAUAUCCCAGACGCGUAUCGCGCCGUUCAAGCAGGGGAAGCGGAAUCAGACGGUUCUUGACACGGCCUUCUCCUCCACCGCCACCUACGUUGACAGAUGGGUCGUGAAUGAUAUCAGCGGUGACAGGGCACGUGGUUCUGUGAGCUUCAGUGUGAUUGUUGGUGCUAGGGUUCAGUUCCGGCCUGGCGGGUGGAGGGCGAGGAAUCGGAUGCUUAGGGUGUUAUGUGAAGAUUUGCCGGUCGGUAUCUCCUCCAAUAGUAGCGGGUCUGGGACGCUCGUCGGUGGAGCCAAGGGCUGCAGGGUUGGUCUGUGAGUAAACAAAUAGGGCUUUCUCACUGCUAAUUUUGUUUGAUAAGAUUCUCAGUAUCUCCUUAUUUAAAUUGGAGAUUUGUUUAAAUAUGAGGAAAUAAUCGUAGUUCUCUUUUACAUU